ACUGUCUUGCUCAUACCUGCCCCGGAAUUCAACCAAUGGCGUCAAGUGUGUAUCUGUGCGUUGGCGGUGUAACCGUACCCUUCUCUUCGCGCACAGUCAUAAUCCUCUCGACUCCUGGAGAGUAGCACGACACAAUUGGGGUCGCUGGCUUUCACAUAACGCGUUUUACUACAUCGUGCGUGUAGCUCUCGUCGCGUGUGUACCAACAACAAAACUAAUAUUUGUCGUUAUUGUCUUAUAGUUAAAUUUUAAAUUAUUUAUUUAUUUCGUACAAUUAAUCAUAGCAAAGAUUUUUUUAAUUACAAUAUAUUUGUGUUAUUAAUUUAAUCACUUUUUCGGGAUUUUUAUCCCAAUUAUUUUGACAUUUUCUUUAUCAAGUGAUAUUAUUUAUUAUCGUUUUUACGUUUAGUUUAAUUUGCGGAUAACACACAAAAAUAACCAUACUCGUGGGAGUGAAAAAAGGAAAUAUGAGGCGGCUUCAGUGUAAGGUGUUCCUGCUCAUAGCAAUUUUUGCUGUGAUUGCAACAACUGAUGGCAAGCGUAAAUUUGAUGGCGAUUUUGAGUUUGCUGAAGAGGAUGAUACGAAAAUCAUGAAAGUUGGAGAUAAAAAGCGAUGGAUACAUGAUCCAAACAGUGAACUUUGUCGUCCUUUGAAUUGCAAGAAGAAAGAGCUGUGUCUUUUGGAGGAUACCUUCACUGCAGUUUGUGUCUCAAAGAAAGAACUGCAUAAAUCUGGAGAUAUUGUCAUUCCCAAAUCACGUGCUGUUCAACAAAGAAGACUGCGAAAGGAUGCUUCAACUGAUAGUGAUGAUGAUGAUGACGAUGAUGAUGCGUUCUUUGAUUCUGAAGAUGAUGAUGAAGACCAGGAUGAAGUCAAGUGCCAGUGGUGUCCGGUCGUAAAGCCUAACUUCCUGUGUGGUUCUGACAAUCGUACCUACAGUUCUCCAUGCCGUCUCGAGUACCAUAACUGCAUUCAUCACACUUCAGUUCAUAUCGCGUGCAAAGGAUUUUGUCCGUGUAAAGGUGGAUCUGAUCUCAAGGUACACACGAAAAAAAUACCACCAUCUAAACUUCAGAAAACUUUCUUGGGAAAGACUGGCCGUAACCGAGACAUCACCCUCACUCCACGAGAUUUUAAUUAUGAUAACCAUCAUUAUCAGUACCUUAAAUAUAGCAAGAAAAUUAAGGGUUUGGAGAGUAAAUAUGAAGAAGACAUCAAGCAUUCUAUGAGCAACGAAGUUGGCAAAAGCUUGGUAACUGUAAAGCCCACCUUUGAAUCUCCAGAUGCUAAAUUCAACCGAUUACGAAAUGCAGACUGUCCACCAUCAUCUAGACCAGCUAUGGCUAAUAGGUUAUUGGAUUGGUUCUCAGUGGUAAUGGCAGAUUCUAAAUACCGUCGUCAACGUGUUAAAUCAAAAGGUCACUUCCCGGCUGGAUGUCAAAUUGAAGUGAGAUGGAUGUUUGGACACCUGGAUAGUGAUGGAGAUCGUAGAAUUUCACUUGGAGAACUUUAUAGCCUAGAACAUGAUCAAAAUGAACCGUGUCUAAAGCCUUUCCUUGAUGCAUGUGACACAGACGGAGACAUUUUUGUCAGUGGACCAGAAUGGUGCGGAUGUUUCUCAAAAGCAGAAAGGCCUUGUGCUGCAGUACGUAGACGUUCAUCACCAGAAGUAGCUCCAGUUUGUGAUUCUCGGGGAUAUUACCGCAGUACACAAUGUCAUCGUGGACUUGGUCUUUGUUGGUGUGUUGAUCCUCAUGGUGUUGAAUUUGCUGGUACCCGAACACGCGGUACUAAACCUGAUUGUGAUGCAAUUGUCAGUAAGAUAAGUAAUGACGGCUUAAAAACAAACAGUGUCAAUUUGGAGAACGAACUAAGUGAUGACGACGAUGAAGACGAUGAUGGCGUAGACUCUGCAAACGAUCUUGAGGGUUCUGCUGAUCAACCACUUGACUUCUAAACAUCCUUGAAACUUAUUUGUAAAUCAUCUUGGAAAGCAUUUUCCCGUGCGCAGAAAGUAUGAGACAAACUUUAUCAGCUUUUUGACUUCUCAAGGGCAAUAUUAUCAAUGUUGUCAAUGUUUGAGAGUCUCUUAAGCAGAUUGAGCUCUUGCUAAUUAAAUAAUAAAUAAAGACCCUGCCGUCCCUCGCUAAUUUGUGAACACAAUAGCGGCCGGUAAUACUAAAUCUAGUUUCACACAUUUUUUAAAUUUGCAUUUCAACUCAAUCAAAAGUAAUUCUCGCACGAUCUUAAUCAACAUAUAUUUAAUUAUUGAAUAAUUAAAUAGUACAUAAAUGAAACUUCGGCCUCAUGCACACGACAUUUAUAAAUAUUCUAAUUAUCGAUUAUUUAUAAGACUAAAAAAUUUAAUGAAAAUAAUAAAAUUUGAAAUAAAAAUCAUUAUUACAAAAAGUAUAAACAUUCCAAGCUAAACUAUGUAUUAAAAAUAUUAUUUGUUAUCAUUUGUAAUCAUUAAGCUGAUAGUACUGCAAAUUGUACAAGUAUUAAGUAUAAUAUUCAGCAUGAUACUA